AUGUGCACGCCAUUCGACCAAACAGACUCGGUAUGCGACGGAUACCGCGAUACAAAUCCAGAGCGGGGACUGCUUUAUACUUGCGGAGAUCAGCCUGGAUCUGAGUCGGGCUACAGCAAUGACGCCGUAGCUAGGCCAAAUGAGACUUUCAGCUUCGGCCAGUCUCAACUACACUGGCAUCUGGAUUGCGAAUACGACAACGUGCCCAGUUCGUGCGCUAUGUCUGUCCAGCACGAGUUUCGGCAAGGACUUGUGGCGCGAAGCUGGACCGCUGAGAAACCUGUUCCUUAUGCAUACAUACCAUGUCCAUCUUUCAGUCUCUCUGCACCUGUUCAUCGCCUACCACAGAGAGAUGACUAUCCUGCACAAGCCGGAGUCGCUUAUCGGGCUUCAGGUCCACACCGCCUCGCGGAGGCCCUAUCUCCAGCGAUGGCGUACACCAACGCCAUGACCACUGGUGGAUUUGCAGCUGAUAGUCACAGCUCCGUUCACACUGCUGCACGGGCAUCACCCUCCAGUCUCUUGCCCUCUGCUAAUUUUUCUGGUACAACGAAUGAUUAUCUCGAAAGCCCUUACCCGUCCAACAUCCCCCCGUACCAAGCAGAAUCAUACUCUUUUCCUAUUCAUGAACAAUCUAAUCAGUACGGCGGCCAUGACAAAAAUUUGCAUUACUCUCGACGUCCUGGCUUGCAGCACUUAGACGGUAGAUCCACCAACACUUCUGCCGCAAUGGAACGAGGUGACUCUCAGUAUAGUGCUACCUCGACGUUCUCAAGACGCUCCAGAAGGUCACUAUCAUCGGGUACGCCAAGUCAGACAAUAGCCUGUGAGACGUGCAACACAUCGUUCAGUGGACGUUUCCGUAGACGCAACCUUACACGUCAUACGCGGACCACCCAUGGUGACGAUACUGCACCUCUGCAUGCAUGUAUGGUACUUGGUUGCGGCCGUACUUACAAAAGAAGUGACGCACUUAGGGCCCAUGAAGGCAAAAAGCAUCUUGAUCUGCUUGGUCCGAGACCAUCCCGAUUGAGAAGACCAGGCCAAGUAGGAUGA